UGCCUUGUUUACUGGUGCCUGGUAAGAUGUAACAUGCUACAACCACCAGUAGGUGGAGUUGGCGCGCCUACAAGCUGUUUGGCAGCCAAUAUUAAAUGACAAAAAUAGAAAAAGAGAGUGCGACUCGUCAGGUCCUCGGACAAAUUAUCGAGCAGGCUUUCAGUACUCACGCCGAGGGGUCCGGUACACCUGAGGACCGUUUCCGUAACAAUACCCCUACAUGCAGAAAAGUGCCUGGGCACUGACAGGGGGGUUCGGCUGGGCCGGGAGAGGGUGUGUGGAGCAAACCGGUCAUCGCGGUUGACAGAUGCCCCCAGAAAGCCACUAACAGGAUGACGCCUGCGCUGCGAGGGCCGCGGGCAGGUCCUGUUCUGGACCAGUUUACGCCUCCACACGCAUCCUGGAAUUCAUCAGGAGCGUUUCAGCCGCCGCUCACGGUCCCCCGAAUGAUGCGAGGUCAGCCUGCGCCCGCGAUCUCCACCUGAGCCGGAGGAGCCCCCUCCUCUCCGCUGCCACCUCCCCGCGCCCUGCUGGAUUUACUUUGACGUUCACAUUUUGGGAGACUGUCCUUCGCGAUGCUUUGGGGGUUUGGACUCGUGCUGCUGCUGCUCGUCCUCGCUCCGCAGGCUGCUGUGAUUAAAGAGGGUGACGGCAGCAUGGACUCAGGGGUGAAGAUGGAGCCCGUCGGCGCGGUGCGACUGGCGGAGCUGCUCAAGAUGUCCGCCCUCGCCAAAGGUUCGGGGUUUGAACGCCGAUCCAAGAGGUCGGUGUUUUUACACUCCGGCGUGAGAAUCUGCCCCCAGGAGACCAUCAGUGAGGUGAUCGCCAGCCACCGGGCGUACUACCAGCUCAGAGUUUGGCAGGAGGCUGUAUGGGAGGCGUUCAGGAUCUUCUUCGACAGGAUCCCGGGGACGGCCGAGUACCAGCGAUGGGUUCACACGUGCCAGCACGAGUCGCUCUGCAUCUCUGACCUCGCCAAGAACUUCAGCAGCUCUGAGGAGCACAUGAGCAUGAUUGAGCGGAGGAUGAACCGGCUGAGAGAUCGGCGGCCUCCGUCACGCGAUGCUGCGACGCCGACGCUCCCGGAGAUAACAGGUCCUGAGGCUCAGACCGACACCCCGUCAGCGCCCCCGGUGCUCGUCACCAGCACUGCCGUCCUCUUCAGCUCCACGAGUGCCUCUCCAAGCCCCGCCCCCAUUGUGACCCACCCUGCCAAGGAGCUUGAAGAGGACUCGGAGCUUCCUAACGUGGUCCCUGAGAAUCCGGUGGAGCAGAUCGUGGAGUUCAGCAUCAACCUGGUGGAUCCGGGUUACAGAGAGCUGCUGGACGACCCAGAUUCCCCCCAGUACAUCGACCUGGCACAGCACCUGCAGGACCAGAUGCAGCAUGUUUUUGAUAAACUUCCAGGAUUUAGAUCCAUCCACGUUCUGGGAAUCAGCGAGACCCAGGACACUGACGGGCCUGGAGGAAUCUCGGUGCACUACUCUCUGGUCUUUGAGAUCAGCUCCCCUCAGAUCAACUCUGAGAUCUCAGAGAUGGAGACGGGCACGUCCGAGUCUCCAGCCGACUCUGGACUCAGGGAAAUGGUGACCAAGGCUCUGCGUGAGGAGGCCUCCCUUCCAGUCGACCUGGACUCCCUUAACUUUGAACCAGAAAAGAUCCUCCUACCAGCACUGACAGCCACCGCUUCAGAAGUAAUGAAGGAGCCCGAUUCACACAACGAGCUGGAAGUUUCCACUGUGGAGCCAGAGGUGGAUAAACCCUGGCCGGCGGUGUCCCUCACCCCCAUGGAGAAGGAAAAUGCCCUGGUGAUCCUUCUGGAUCCCACGGCCGUCCCACGCGAUGAGGCGACAGCGGCGACGGGUGGGGUGGCGGAGAGCAGCGAUCAUCUCCCGGGCUCAGAGGACGUUACCGAUGAGUCAGAGACAAUUUAUGCGAGCGAACCUGAGCCAUCAGAUGAAGAGGGGGAGGAAGAGGAAUUACCGAUCAUUACACAUGAGAUUGAAACCAUUCAUCAUGAUGAGACCGGCGAACUUGUGCGAGGCUUCAUCCCCACCCCUCCUGUGCUUCCUGAGCUGGAGACAAAUGCUCCAUAUGUCAGUGCGUCUCCCAACCUGAUACCAGAGGGAGACCUGAGUCCUGUCGGUGAGGACAGAGAAGCUCCAAGACUGGAGAUCACCCCCACCACUAAAAUUAUAUUCACUACAGUUCCUGCUGCAGAACAGGCAUCUGAUGUUAGACUUCCCAUCACCACACUCUCUGCCAUCACAGCCCAGCCACCCACAGAACCGACAGUGACGCUUCACGAAGACGAAGAGCAAAACGCUCUCCCAGGUGAAGAGGAGGCACAUUUGGGAGCGUCUGAAGCCCAUGAUGCUGGUGAUGUUUCAGAGUUGGAAACUGAAGAGGAGCUCGAGGUACCAGGAGGAGGGCUGGCAGUCCAACCUGAUGAAGAGGUGCGCAAGGUUUUGCAGCCAACCCUUGAACAAAGUGAAGUUUCUGAACCAGAGGUGGAAACUUUUGAUAUUUCAGAGCCAGACCAAGAAUUGGCUGAAGUUUCAGAGACAGCCGAAGAACCAGCUGAAGCGUCUAAACCAACAGUAGUAGCUGAAAUUUCCAGUGUAGAUGUAGCUGAAGUUCCAGAACCAGAUACAGAAGGAGCUACAGGUUCAGAGCCCCAUGAGGUAGUACCUGAAGCUGAAGUCUCAGAAUCAGAUGAAGAAGUAGUUGAAGUUUCCAAACCAGAAAGAGAAGUGCCUGAAGUUUCAGAGCCAGUUAUAGAAGUAACUGAGGUUUCUGAAAUAGAUAAUGAAGUGCCUGAAGUUUCAGAGCCAGCCAAAGAGGUAACUGAAGCCUCAGAGCCGGGUCACGAAGUAGCUGAAGCUCCAAAACCAGACAAAGAAGUGCCUGAAGUCUCAGAGACGGCUCAGAAAAUACCUGUAGAGUCAGUGGAAGAGUCUGUGGUAGAAUCUCAAGAAGUUGUUGCAGUUUCAGAGUCAGAAGAAGUUGUAGUUAAACCUCUGGGAAUGGAGGAGAAAGAGCCUGAGGUUUCAGAGCCAGCUGAGGUUUCAGAGCCCAAGGCAGAACCAGACGAUAGCAGAGUUGGGAAGCAGACAGAAGAAGCAGCGGAUGAACAAUCCAGUGUCUCACAACCAGAAGAGGAAAAAGCAGAAAUUACAGAGGGGGUUCCAAAAAUGGAUGAAGGUGUAGUUCCAACUCUGGAGCCUGAGACAAAUGUGGUGGAGGUUACAGAACAAGAGUCACAACUCAUUGGUGUAGAUGAAGUGUCAGAAGUAAAAGAAGAGGUGGUGGAAGCAGCAGGUUCAGAAGAAUCGGUACCAAAGGUUUCUGAAGCAGAAGUAGUCGAGGAAAAAGCAGCUGAUGAUGUGAAACCAGCAGAAGAAGAGGAGGUUUCUGAGGGUCCAGCAGACGUAGAAAUAAAGGAGGAAGUAGAGGAGGUUUUACAGGAAGAGGUUGUUAUACCUCCAGGACCAGGUGAAGGUGGGCUUGAAUUUUUGGAACCAAAGCCAGAAACAGAAUCUGCACCAAAAGAGGAAAGUCGUGUGACAGAAGUGACAGAAACGGAGCCAGAAGUGGUACCAGAACCAAGUGAGAAAGUGGUAGAGGUGGAAAACGUACCCUCUGAACCAGGAUUUGGGAAAGAAUCGGAAGUACUGGAUGUAAAAGUCUUGUUACCGGAGGUAGAAGUCGUUGAGGAUGAAAAACCAGCAGAACCACGUCCUCCUUUAGAAGCUGGAGACGUGGUGGGACAAGAGAAGAUAGCUGAAAGUCCCAAACCAGAAGAAGCUUCUGAACCAGUCAAAGGCACAGCUGACAUUUUACCACCAGUGGAAAAGCUACCUGAAGUUUCAGAGUCAGGAUCUAAAGAAGAGGCUGUAGAGGAAGUCCAAGGAUCAGAAGGGGAGGGUCUUGAUGAGGGAGUCGUAGAGAUCUUAGAGCCAGAACCUAAGAAAGAUGUUACUGAGCCGCCUGCCGAAUCGAUUAAAAUCCUUCACCCCUUGGAUGGUACCGACAACCUUCCUUUUGGAGAGGAAGCUAUUCAGAUCAUUGAAGAUAACAAGCUCCUUCAUCCUGUCAGACCUGACCAUCAUCACCCAUCAGAGGAGCAUAAUUUACCCGUCAUACCCAUCCAGCCUUCCAGGGAAGAUGCAGGCGAACCUGACCGUGAACAUCCCAUCAUCGAUCAUUUUUACACCGAGCAGGAUGUGGACGCUCAGGUGGAGAGUGAUGCUGAUGCCGUCGUGACAACGGAAACGACAAAAAGCGAUCUGCACUUUGAAACAGCCUCUGAUAUCGCAGAGGCGACAGCUGCAGACACGACAGGCCCAACAGAGGCCUCAGAAGUCAGUGAAGAGUUGCCAGAGGAGACACAGAAAAGUGAUUUAUCCCCAGAAACAGGCGUCAGUGUGACGGCACCACCAGUUUCAGAGUCGUUGCCUACUCCUCCCCCGGCUUCUCUCCAUGUUUCUGAAGCGUUUUCACCCGUCCCAACAGUUGACUCUGGGCUGUUUGAGGUUGCAGAGGACUCUGCAGUCCCCUCUGUUACUGAGCCUUCUGAGGGUGAUGGCACUGAGCCGGAGGUCGAGUCAGAGCAAAGCGAGCCAGCUGUCGUCAUUAUCGACGAGGACUUGGGGGGUGACGAGAAACAAAAAGGUGAAAGCCAUACCAGCCCGCCGGCUGCUACCGAAGACGUCGUGGGAGAAGCUGUGCAGGACCUGGCUGUGGAGUUGGACCAAACCAGCAUACAAGCCACAGAACCAAACGAGCUUCUGGAAGAGGGGAGCGGCUUCCUGUCUGUGGGGGAGGAGCACGGCGCUGUCGGCACCACGGCUGCGCCGCCGCUGAGAUACCUGACCACGCCCAGCACGACCACGGCCAGCCACGGCCGGGAGCUGGUGGUGUUCUUCAGCCUGCGCGUUACCAACAUGGACUUCUCUGAGGACCUCUUCAACAAGACCUCCCCUGAGUACAGAUCCCUGGAGAACACCUUCUUAGACGUGCUGCUGCCGUUCCUGCAGGCCAACCUGACGGGCUUCAAGAAACUAGAGAUCCUCAACUUCAGGAAGGGCAGCGUGGUCGUCAACAGCAAGAUGAAGUUCGCCAAGUCGGUGCCGUACAACAUCACCGAGGCGGUGCACUGCAUCCUGGAGGAGUUCUGCACCUCUGCCGCCAAGAAGCUGCACAUCCAGAUCGACGCCCACUCGCUGGACAUCGAACCAGCCGAUCAGGCCGAUCCCUGCAAGUUCCAGGCCUGCGGUGAGUUUUCCCGCUGUGUGGUGAACGCCUGGUCGAAGGAGGCUCAGUGUCGGUGCGAGCCGGGCUUCGCGUCGGUGGACGGCCUCCCCUGUCAAAGUCUUUGUGUCCUCCAGCCAAACUACUGCCAAGGAGCGGAGUGUCACAUAGUUCCCGGAUACGGAGCCAUCUGCAGACACAAAGACGGCUAUUCCCUCCCAGGCCCGUCCAGUUAAGAGAGUGUAAUGGAUCGGACAGCACCUGAGAAUACUAGCACAGACUCUUUGAAACAGGACUCGGCAGCAGGAACUCGGGACUCGUCACGGCCUCAUUCAGCCAUUCAGUUAAAAUUCAGAGCUGAGGAGGUUUCAGGACAAACUGCUGGCUUCUACACUCCUCACAGCUCUGAGCUUCAUACCAGAGGACAAUCGGCCAUCAGGGGAAACAAACGUUUAGGCUACUUUAAAAAUGUCGGACAGUUGUUGUCUGCAGCUGACGGUGACGAGGCGCUCGGGGGACGGCCGCGGCAUCGACUGGGUUGAUAUUGAUUGACCCUGGACUGCUUUUAUAUAUGUCUGCUGAGUCUCUAUGUCUGUACUGAGUAGGUUGUGUGUGAGAUGUAAGGACUUAAUCCAAUAGCUCUCUCAGAUAUUACUGCAGAAAACAGACCUCAUAUUAGAUCCUGAUCUUUGUUUCACACCAACCUCCCAAAUAAUUUUGGUCGAGAUAAAUAAUAGAGAUGUUCUUUAACUUGUUACUGUACACCUGAACCUUAUAUACGUACCUGGAAUAAAGAUGCAGUAGUAAAUAGGAAAAAGGUUCGCAGUCAUUAGAGCGGUCAUGAGCUACGAGCACUUUGACUACGUGAUUUCUGUUUUAUCCAGUUGUGAUGAAGUUAAAAUCCCCACUAUUUAUUCUUUCCCGUCCAUUAUUAGAUUUAUUGUGCUUAUCAUCAUUUCUCUCUUAAGUUUUGUGGUUUCAUCUUAAUCCCCAGGUUGGGAAUGUAGGUCUUUAAACCAUGUUAGAGACAGAUAGCUGGGGUGCAGAUCUGGAGUAUAACACUGUGGGUUAAACUUCCAUGUAGACCAACCUGGAUGUUAGCACCUGGCUCCUUUAAGGCUUCUUUUUAUCUGGACUGCUGCUCUGUGUAAAAUACCUGUGAUACUUGCAUGUUUUGUUAAGCAUGAUGAUUUAACGAACUCCACCACAGUUGCAGCGACAACUUCUAGUCUCUCGUAGCCACUUUGGGUCACGUAAUGGCUUCAAAAUUCAUGCGUGGGGUAUUUUAUGUUCUACAACAAAACAUGCACGUCUAAAAAGCUUGAGUUAACCAAACUCCUUUAAAAAGAUCCACGGACACUGAAACAAGAGAACCGGAAGUGCAGGAAUGCUAGGUUUUUUUGGAGGGGGGGUUCACGUGGCACUGUGUUUUUUGGCUGGACUGUCACGAAUUCGAACAGCACUUACUGCGUGUCUUUUUUGAAAUGUUUGUUAUUCUAGCUGCUAAUAACUGUUGUCCUCUGACAGCACAUUUAACAGUGACAUUAACAAUUCAACACACCUAAACGUAAAACAACAUAACCCAUUUAACAUAAAGCGCCCAUAAAAAUAUGCUGCUGCUGCAAGCUAGCUAACUAACAGUGGCAGCAGCAUUAAUUGGCGGUUCCUUCUUUUAUGCUAUAUAACUAACAUGGCAACCACUAAAAAAUGUCACGUUCUCAGCUUUCUGACUGUUUUAAAUGCACCAUCUCGGUAAUGGCAGUGCAUGUAGCAUGUACAUGUUAGCAUGUAGCCGCAUUUGACAAAAAAUUGCAAAAGUAAGCAAUUUGAGAUGCAGUCGACAGCCAUGCUAGCUGCUCAAAGUUAGCACUAGCACUGGGUAUCUAAAUGCUAACAUGCUCAGAGUGAGCGCUCUAUCAAAUGGAUAGCAUUAGCAUGCUAACAAAUUACAGCUGAGUUGUAAAUUAGUUUGAACAGGUGAUGGCGCUAGACUAGGAAAUGUCAGAGGAUCAAAGUUUUUAUUACUUGAUUUCGCUCAAAGCUCAUGGAUUCAUAAAGCACUAGGAUUUAUCCUUUAAAGAUCAUGAAUAUAUGUACAGAAAUUGUUAGAACAUUAGUGCCGUUAGCCCAUAGCUUUUGAGAUUUUCUGCCCUGUUCCCACCAUUAUUUCUGUAGCACUUAAGUCCUGUUAUUCAGGAGGCCAAGAGAUGCACAACACAAACCCUGAAGGUCUUUCAGGGGAUUCAUUUGACCUCAGCUACAAAAACCCAGAGUAUCACAAACUGUCAAAGCUACGACUUGCUGACCUGUGAAAUGGUCAUUUAUGUGAAGCAGUUUAGAGGCUUACAGGUAGCUGCAGUAGACACGAACUUUGCUGUACAGAGCUAGUAAGGUGACCUUAAAUUGAAGCCCUACUGGGCCAGCUAUCUGCAGCUGAACAAGCUAGCAGCUAGUUAGUGACCCUGAGGUUAGGAUUAUUUAACUUUUUCGUAGCGUGGAUGAACUUUUAGUGACUACAGUUGAACAGGUUGCCCGUGCUGAUCUACAUCAACAUAUCCGUAGUAAACUAGUUUCUGUUUCCUGAUUUUAUAACUUGUCCCAGUUUGAAUAAUGAUGUGAUUACAUACGUAAGUCUAUAUAAUGAGUUAAAUUGAUGCAAAUUUGCACCAGGCAACAUGAACUGUCCAUAUUUACGUGAGUUAAAAUAUGCCGACUUUGACGGCGUUUGAGGGCAGCUGGAUCUGUAGAGCUCAACUUCACGUUUACGUAGAGACAAGAAAAAAAGUGAAAUUAGAGCUGCCUUUGUAAAAGAAAACAGGAACAGCUAACAGUGUUAAUGUUAAUCUGAAACUAAGUUAACCCCAACCAGUGCUCAGGCCUUGUUGGGAGGUAAGCUAAUGCUAGUUAGCAUUAUGUAGAAGAAAUCCUGCUUUAUCCAACAGGAGUCUGACCAUCAGGGUCAAACUGACAUCAGUGAGACAUUAAGCCACAAAAACAGGAAAAAUGUUUUAUAUGUCUGUAAAAAAAAAUUAUAUUAUUUACUAGGAAAUUAAAUUGAAUUCAAUGUUUUUAUACCCAAAUUUAAGCCGGCACACUUCUGAGAAAUCAGAAAUUAAUCAUGCAUGAAUGCAAAUAAUAAAAUUGUGCUUUACUAGUUUUUUUUUUUUUUGUAAAACAGUAGAUUAUAUUUUAAUGUUAAACAUUUUUAAAUGAAAAAGCUUGUGCAUGCUGGUGGAUUAACCAUUACAGAAACAAAAAAAUAUUUGUAAUUACCAAACAGUUAAUUUAGGACAUCUGGUGGUCUAAGACGUGUAAGCACGGCUCAACUGGACUGUCGGAGACGGGAACGAAAGAACGGGGCUGGAGGAACGUGAGGAAAACUGUAGGGCAGAAAAGUUGUUACUGGAACUUGAUUCCAGCUGCUGGUUGGACUCUCACAUCCUGUUGGUUUCCAGUGCAAAUAUAUUCAUGUUUGACACCAUAAAACUCCUGACCCUUUUCCUCUGUACACCAGGACCGUCAGACCAAAAGAAGCUGUGUUUAUUCCACGUGGCGUUUUUCUGUGGAAGCGAACCAUCUUCCAUUAAAGUCACAGACCAGCCAGGUGCUCAUCUUACUCGCAUGGAUCAAACAAAUGCAGUCUUAUUAAUGUAAAUAUUGUAUCAAUGUUCAACACAUUUACUGAUGUUUAUUGCUGAUUUUCUGGGGGGGGAACCCCCUCCUCCCCCAGGUAUUACAAUGUGGACUUACUGAAAGUGUUCAAAGAGUUUGUGUCAGUAGAUGGAAAUACAAA